AUGCCACCGAGGAAGAAGGGGGCUCUGCACAAGAAGUUCAAGUCGUGGCGCUUCCUCUACGCGGCCCCGCGGCCGGUGGGAGCCUCUGAAGCGCUGCCGUACGCCUUUGACUUGACGCUUGGCGCCCAUUUGACGCCGAAGCAGGGGUAUCCGGUCGUUCACGUGGGCCCCGCAGCCAUCGCUGCUUGCAUCAAGGUCGGCGAUUACAUCGACGCGGUCGCCUACACAUGGCGCGAGUACGGUGCGCACGGCCAGCACGUUGAUGCCGAAGAACGGGCUGUUACUCAACGUCUCGGCGAGUGUCACCAGCCAGUGGUGCUUGUUCACGUCGUCGCAGACCGCGACGUCACCAUCGAAGCCGAGGCCGCUACCAAGCAUCAACUGGAGAAACGUCGAAAUGCCCUGCGCAAUGUCGCCUCGACGCGGCCUGCGAAGCCCGACGACAUGGACCAAGCCACAUAUGAAGCGCAACUCGUGCAGUGGGCUGCCGACUCUCUUCGUGCGUGGGACACCCGCCACCCAGUACCGAGUGGUCCUGCUGCUGUCGCCGGUGGCAAUGCGGUCGGUGCGCCUCUUGUUGACGACGCUCACGACGGUCUCGACUACGACGACGCUCAAGAUGUCAACGACAGUGUUGAUCUUGAGGAUGCAUCAGACAUUAACAUCGACCUCACACCACGCGACAACGCUGUUCCUGUGGCUCCUAUAGUGCCAAGCGGAAUUGAGCCCCAACGUCACGAUAACGAGGACGACGACGGUCGCGACCACCAGCGCCAGCGCGUCAACCCCUCUGCCGGUCCGCGGCGCUGCAUUUUCCAGCACAUCACGGUGUUUAUCAGGACGAGCGAAGAGAUGCUCAACUUUCUCGAGGCGCUGCCAACCGAGUGGCUCUCGGAGCCGAUGGCUGUGCUGCGCCAGCUCUUUCGCGCCAAGGACGCCCGACGUCUCGCAGGCGUCCCCCUCUGGCCCACUCUGGAGCUACCGCGCGGCAUUAUCUCUGACCCGGAGAUUCUUGGCUGGAUCGACGGCGCAUCAGCCAUGUACCCGAUGGUUUCCAUCGACGACUACAACGCGCCGCCGCCGCCGGUCCACCCCGUGCCAUCCAUGGCAGCCCUGCAAUACAUCACGCCCGCGCUUGGCCGCUCGAGUCGCAAGACGGCAUGGCGGCAGCGCUUCGAGCCGCAAGACGGCAUGGCGGCAGCGCUUCGAGCGCUUCCUGCGCUGCGCGAGGUCCAGUUCAUCUCGAAUAGCCGGUACACGACGUUCGACUUGCUUUCCGUCGUCCAAGUGCUCGCGUCGACCCCUCUCACUUUGGUCUGCUUUGUCCGUGCCGAGUGGUCCGAGGCCAUGGUGACGACCAUGGUCGCAUGGCUGGGCACGGGCUCGCUCAAGACGCUCGUCCUCUUGUCCAUUGUUACGACCAAUGCGCUCGCCACGACACUGAGCAAGGCGAUUGCAGCGUCCGCCACGCUGAGAGAGAUCGAUAUCAGUUACGGGUCGCUGGCGCUGCGCUUUUUCAAGGACGUCCAAGCGCUCCCACCGCAACUCGUCUCGGUCGAGCUUGACGGUUUCUCGCGCGACGACUUGCCGGCCAUCGCAUCGGUCAUCACGAAUUCGCGCCUCCGACACAUCUCUCUUCGCUAUGGCGCCACCGAGUCGCCCGACGCGUACUUCGACAAGACGCUUGAAUUGAUCCAAGCUCUCGGCCGUCUGCGCUCGCUUCGGUCUUGUCAUCUUUCUCAUCUCAAGCUCUCACCGGUGUGCGCGCUGGCCUUCUCGACGCUGAUGCCACGCCUCACGUCGGCAGAAUUCACGGCGAACGGCCUCGAUGACAACGCCGUGUUGGCUUUGGCGGCCGUGCUGCCGCACUGCCAACACCUCGAGUGCAUCCGCUUCAACGCGCAAGAACUCGGCGACGGUGGCGCCAAAUGCCUUGCGGUGGUAGUGCCCUUGUGCCCGUCGCUGAGGGAGCUCAAUCUUCGCGAGAACCGCAUCGGAUCGGUCGGCGCCGAGCGCUGA